AUGGCCAGACAAAAUAAGGAAUGGGCUGUAGGAAUCGACCUUGGCACAACAUAUUCAUGUGUUGCAGUAUGGCAAGAACAACAUUGUCGAGUGGAGAUCAUUCACAACGACCAAGGCAACAGAACCACAUCUUCUUGUGUUGCUUUCACUGACAACCAAAGAUUGAUUGGCGACGCUGCUAAGAAUCAGGCUGCCAUCAACCCAACCAACACUGUCUUUGAUGUGAAAAGGUUAAUUGGCAGGAAAUAUAGUGAUCCUAUUAUUCAGAAUGAUCUCAUGUUGUGGCCAUUCAAGGUCAUUGCUGGUGAAGAUGACAAACCUAUGAUAGCUGUUUCAUACAAGGGUCAAGAGAAGCAUAUUUCUGCAGAGGAAAUCUCAUCAAUGAUCCUUACAAAGAUGCGUGAGAUUGCAGAGGCAUAUUUGGAGUCACCGGUAAAGAAUGCAGUUGUUACUGUGCCUGCUUAUUUCAAUGACUCUCAGCGUCAAGCUACCAAAGAUGCAGGUGUCAUUGCUGGCCUCAAUGUUAUGCGGAUAAUCAAUGAGCCCACUGCUGCAGCUCUUGCAUAUGGCCUUAACAAGAGAGCUAAUUGUGUUGGAGAGCGGAAUAUUUUCAUCUUUGAUCUUGGUGGUGGUACAUUUGAUGUGUCUCUUCUCACAAUUAAGGAUGAUGUGUUUGAAGUCAAAGCCACUGCUGGUGACACUCACCUUGGAGGAGAGGACUUUGACAACAGAAUGGUGAACUACUUUGUACAAGAGUUCAAGAGGAAAAACAAAAUGGACAUUAGCAAGAACCCAAGAGCCCUUAGGAGGUUGAGAACUGCAUGUGAGAGGGCAAAAAGGACACUUUCAUUUGAUACUAAUACUACGAUUGAUGUAGAUUCUAUAAGUGAUGGUGUUGAUCUAUGUUUACCACUCUCUCGUGCAAGGUUUGAGGAGCUAAACAUGGACCUUUUUAGAAAGUGCAUGGACACUGUUGAGAAGUGUCUUAAUGAUGCCGAGAUGGACAAGAGUAAGAUACAUGAAGUCGUACUUGUUGGUGGUUCUUCUAGGAUUCCGAAGGUGCAACAACUAUUGCAAGAUUUCUUUAAUGGGAAGGAUCUUUGCAAAGGUAUAAACCCGGAUGAGGCUGUUGCUUAUGGUGCUGCUGUGCAGGCUGCUAUGUUGGGUGAAGGCAUUAAUUUUCUUCCAAAUUUGGUGCUAAUUGAUGUUACCCCGCUUUCACUUGGUACAUCGAUAAAAGGAGAUCUCAUGGAUGUAGUGAUUCCUAGGAAUACUACCAUUCCUACAAAGAAGGAAAAGGUGUAUGUUACAGACGUAGAUAACCAAUCUUCUGUGGUUAUCGAUGUUUACGAGGGUGAGAGGACAAGAGCAAGUGAUAACAACUUGCUGGGUUUGUUUAAUCUUUCAGUUGCUCUUGCUCCUCGAGGUCUUCCACUAAAGGUAAGUUUUUCUAUAGAUGCCAAUGGUAUAUUAAACGUCUCUGCUAAGGAAGAAACAUCAGGCAAUAUGAAAGAUAUUACUAUAAAGAAUGAAAGAGGAAGAUUGUCAGCGGAAGAAAUUGAUAGAAUGAUUGAGGAAGCUGAGACUUACAAGGCUGAUGAUAUGAAGCACAAAAAGAAGGUUAAGGCAAUGAAUAAUUUGGAUGAUUACCUUUAUGAUAUGAACAAAGUUAUGAAAGAUAAAUUUUUGAGUUCUGUACUUUCCCCACAAGACAAAAUGAAGAUCAAAGCUGGAGUUAAAAAGGGCCAAAAUUUGCUCGAUGACAAAGAUCAGGUUGAAACAUUCGAGUUUGUGAACUAUUUGAGCCAGCUCCAGAGCGCCUUUGAUUCAAUUCUGGGGAAGAACAAUACUGGUUGA